AUGAUUCUCUGGUCACUUCAAAUCAAACAUGCCAAAUCGGAUGGGAUACUUAUUUUCAACAAGUCAAAUGUGGUGGCCUCUGAGAUAGAAUUAGAGAGAGUCGCAUCCAGCGGAGACAUCCAUCAUUACUCGAAAACAGCUGUGCGCCGGCUCACAUCCUUCCGACAUGUCCGAAAGAUAGUCAUUCAUUCCCUCCCAUCCGAUUCAGUCUCCGAUACUUUUGCAGCCUUCGUUCAAAAUCUUCCAUUUCGAGCUUUUCCGUCUCUUGAAUCCGUUGUGAUUCUCGCUCAAGCUGUGGAUGAUGUAAGAACCUGGGUUCCAGCGACAUAUGAUAGACCGCGCAAUCCGCCUUUACUAGAAGCUUUGACUUUAUCUUCAUCGCCUGCCAAGUUAUGUGUAUCUUUCCGAUCCCUUAGAGCUGAAGACUGGGAAGAACAUCGCGAUUUGACCGUACCUGGACAAUACCAACUGGUCAGGAGACUGAACAGAUUGCGCGAAGACGAUCAUUGGUCAGAUAUAAGAGAAUUUUGCGUGCACAAUGUCGUACAUCAAGUAUUACCGUCAUUGCCCAAUUGUCGAAAUUCAUAUCAAUUUGCAUCGCAUAUAACUGGAAACUCAAGCCAUCCCGUCCUACAUCAUCCAGGUCCAAAUGCCACCUAUCUGCCCGGUCCUCUAUGGUCAUAUAGAGCUUGGCAGCUGGGUACAGCCAUAAAAAUCUCUUUCCAUCCGGGGUUGAUGCCACUUCGAGAUGAUGACGAUGAAUCGGGAGUGGGAUAUGACGAGGUCUUAGAUUUAGUGAAGGGCGCCGUGAAAGCUGGACUUCCCCAAGAUCUACCUAUGAGAGAAGGGUUCGGGAAAGAACUCGUGGGCGAGGUGUUUGAGAAAGUUCAAUAUAAGAAAGAUGAUGAUUGCAUGGCUUGUCAACGAAACAUCCGAUCCGUACCACUGAUAUCGAAUAUUCGCGAUCUUCCCUGA